GAUAAGUUCAAAAGAAAUUUGGAAACUCCCUCAGCCUAAAUCGAGUUGUGCGGGUGUUUGAAUGUAUAAUAUUGCUUCAAGGGUCGUCUUCUUCCCGUGUCUCAUCAUCUCUUACUGCUUUGCUUUCCUUUAACAACCCAAGCUUGUCCUUCACAGCUUCCAUGGCUGCUUCCAAUCUCUCCACUUUCUCUUCCUCACUUUCAAAGACCUCUUCUUUCCCUCUCCACAAGCCACACGCCCACGCUUCUUUCUCUGCUCAAACCCUCUCGAACCCCUCUUUCUUUCUCAACCCAACUAUUUCUCACAGAUCCUGUUUCGCUCUUUCCUCCAAAAACCCACUUUCUGAUAUUGCUUCUGUAAGUAAGCCAUACCCAGAAGUUCAAUUUGAUGAUGACGAAAAGCCUCGCGAGGAGUGUGGGGUCGUGGGUAUAUACGGCGACUCGGAAGCUUCCCGUCUCUGCUAUUUAGCCCUGCACGCUCUGCAACACCGUGGACAAGAAGGUGCUGGAAUUGUCGCUGUGAACAAGAACGUUCUUCAAUCGAUAACCGGUGUGGGGCUCGUCUCCGAUGUGUUUAACGAAUCCAAGCUCGAUCAACUACCUGGAAGUUUGGCUAUAGGGCAUGUUCGGUACUCCACUGCAGGUCAAUCGAUGCUCAAGAAUGUUCAACCCUUUGUUGCCGGGUAUCGAUUCGGGUCUGUUGGGGUUGCUCAUAAUGGAAAUUUGGUGAAUUAUAGAACUUUGAGAGCGAAGCUUGAAGAUAACGGAUCGAUUUUUAACACAAGUUCCGACACUGAGGUCGUGCUUCAUCUUAUUGCCACUUCAAAGCACAGACCCUUUAUAUUGAGGAUUGUUGAUGCUUGUGAGAAGCUUGAAGGGGCUUAUUCUAUUGUUUUUGUGACAGAGGACAAGCUUGUUGCUGCGAGGGACCCAUUUGGAUUUCGACCUUUGGUUAUGGGAAGGAGAAGUAACGGUGCUAUUGUUUUUGCCUCUGAAACUUGUGCUCUUGAUUUGAUCGAAGCAACAUAUGAAAGGGAAGUUUUCCCAGGUGAAGUAUUGGUGGUGGACAAAAAUGGUAUUCAAUCUCUCUGCUUAAUGCCUCAUCCACAGCCGAAACAAUGCAUUUUUGAGCAUAUUUACUUUGCACUUCCCAACUCAGUGGUUUUUGGAAGAUCAGUGUAUGAAUCCAGGAGGAAAUUUGGUGAAAUUCUAGCCACAGAAAGCCCAGUGGAGUGUGAUGUUGUGAUUGCAGUCCCCGAUUCUGGUGUGGUUGCUGCGCUUGGUUAUGCUGCAAAAGCUGGGGUUCCUUUUCAACAAGGUCUGAUCAGAUCUCACUAUGUGGGAAGAACUUUCAUUGAACCAUCACAGAAGAUCAGAGACUUCGGCGUGAAGCUGAAGCUCGCGCCCGUUAGAGCUGUGCUUGAAGGCAAGAGGGUUGUGGUUGUGGAUGAUUCAAUUGUGAGAGGAACCACAUCUUCCAAAAUUGUGAGACUGAUUAAGGAGGCAGGUGCUAAGGAAGUUCACAUGAGAAUUGCAAGCCCACCAAUCAUUGCUUCAUGCUAUUAUGGAGUGGACACACCAAGUUCAGAGGAAUUGAUAUCUAACAGGAUGAGCGUGGAGGAGAUCAGAGACUUUAUUGGGUCAGAUUCACUUGCUUUUCUUCCAUUUGAUAGCUUGAAGAAGCUUAUGGGGAAUGAUUCUCCUAACUUCUGUUAUGCAUGCUUUUCUGGGAAGUACCCCGUGGAGCCCAGAGAGCUUAAAGUGAAGAGGGUUGGUGAUUUUGUGGAUGAUGGAUUGAAUGGGAGCUUGGAAGCUAUUGAUGGAGGUUGGGUUCAAGCAAGCAUGAAUCCGAGAGACAUCAAGGUGGGUAGUGUCUGAAAAUUGUCAGUGUUCUACGAUUCUGAUGAUUAGGUCCUUGGGAUAGCAGAAACAGUCUAACUAUAGUAGUAGUGGUAGCGUGCUUCAUCAAAUUCGUUUUGAUUCUGAAGGUGAAAUGUGUAUCUUCAGGUUUUUGAAUCUCAUAUCAUUGCUGUUUUUUUUUUUUUUUUUGGUUUUUUGAUUUAGAGCAGUGGUGUUAUUUCUACUCAUGAGAUAUUUACCUGGUCAUUAUUUUGAUA